AUGUCUUCCCUUGAUUCGACGACCUCUUCUUGCCCCAGCGAUGUCAAGCUCGAGCUUUCUUCGUGUGACAGGUAUCUAGAAGACAUCAUCGCCGGCAUCCCCGAAUCCGAACGCUGCUCCUGCGGCAAGAAAUACAAGAAAGAAGCCAUCCUCUCCGACCACGACCGCCGCCUGUCCGAGCGAUCCGCCGCCUCCGCCUCCACGUCGGAAGAGCAAGAGGUCGAGGGGGAGGUGAUGAUCCAUAAACGCCAGCCAUGA